GUUUGCAUUGACUGUGCUACACCGGGACCCCUCCAAAUUCCCCCAUCGUUUUUCACCCUAACUCACCUCAAUAUUGAUGCUUUCGUCGUCAGUUCUAUCGCCAUCGCCACCACGGCGGCGUUAAGACGACAUAGCCCGCUUAGCGAGAAACCGGCAAAAAGCAGCUUGCCACAUGCAGGCAGAAUUAUAUUGGCAUUAGCAGCCUCAGAAGCCAACCAGGCUUCUUGACAAGGCGUCUAGAUCAAUGGCGACGCGUAAAUAGUAUAUUUACAUAUAACAUGAAACCGCUAUCGUGGAGCGUGGGCAGGGGCUCGGCCAGGGUUAGCUACCAUUUAACCGCCGGCAAAAUCACUUAGAGGUCCAUUGCGUCAAUAUAGGAAUCCCGGUUCUCCAAGCUUGGGCUACCUUGGGCUGCUUGGGGAAUACCGGCAAAAUUGAUUCCCCACGAUGAUCGGCAUAAACAUGCUAAUUUCGAACUCCAUCCCAUCUUCUCGGGAACCAGGAACGGACUCGUGGUUCCCCUUUCCAGAACGAGAUCAUUGGUUAAACCGGCCGCUGCGUCCAAUUAACACAAUUAACCCAAUAUAACGCAAUGCCCGCCAAGUAUAUAAGGCGCCAUCCCGUCCCCGCUGCGGCGAUCAGAAGACCCUGAGGAGCUUUAUCCUGCCAGAGCCAAAACAGACCUCAUCAGUCAGUUUUCGAUCCAGUUUCAAAUUCCCGCUCGACAACAUGCUCGGUUCAUCCAUCCUCGUUGCCCUUACGGCGGCUGCCGGAGCUAUCGCCUCCCCGCUCGACCUCAUCACCCGCUCGACCCCCGCCGGUACCGGUACCAACAACGGCUUCUUCUACUCGUUCUGGACCGACGGUGCCGGCUCGGUGACAUACAACAACGGACCCGGUGGCUCGUACGAUGUAACAUGGUCGAACGUUGGUAACUUCGUGGCUGGCAAGGGAUGGAACCCUGGUGCGACGCGCGUGGUCAAGUACAACGGAACAUGGAACGGCGCCAGCGUAAACAGCUACCUGUCGGUGUACGGCUGGACGCGCAACCCUCUGAUUGAGUACUACGUCGUAGAAUCCUUCGGAACAUACAACCCCUCUUCCGGCGCACAAAAGCUCGGCUCAGUUGAGAGCGACGGCAGCACGUACGACGUCUACCGCACGCAACGUGUCAACCAGCCCUCCAUCGACGGCACGUCCACCUUCUACCAGUUCUGGUCCGUCCGCCAGCAGAAGCGCGUCGGUGGUGAGGUUACGCUUAAGAACCACUUCGACGCCUGGGAGAAGGCUGGUCUCAAGCUCGGAACUCACAACUACCAGAUCCUUGCUACUGAAGGUUACCAGAGCUCUGGUUCUGCUGCUAUCAAUGUCGAGCAGUCUUAAGUUAAAAGGAGGCCGCUGUCUUCCUGUUUUCGCCGUGAUGGAGGGACUUUAGUCGUUGGUGAAGCGUUGGAAAAGGAAAUGCACGUGUACCGGUCGUCGCGAAGUAUAAUUCGCGGAUCAUAAGCUUGCUUUCUAUGUAUGUUAAGUCGGUACCUUUCAUUGGGGGCUCGGAAAUUGGGGUUCUCAGUGUACGGCUCUUAUGGUUGGAAAUUUGAUUUUUCUACCGGCAUU